CGGCCAUCUUUUUCGGUUUCCUGUGGCCUGCCUCGUCCUCUCGCCGGAAAACUCCUUGGUCCAGCCAUUCCAGCCAGCCUGCAGACAUCAUGGCCAAGCCCAGAGUCUUCUUCGACAUCACCGCUAACGGCUCCCCUGUGGGCCGCAUCGUCAUGGAGCUGCGCGCUGACGUGGUUCCCAAGACGGCGGAGAACUUCCGGUUGCUGUGCACUGGAGACAAGGGCUUCGGCUACAAGGGGUCGUCCUUCCACCGCGUCAUCCCGGAGUUCAUGUGCCAGGGCGGCGACUUCACCAACCACAAUGGAACCGGCGGGAAGUCCAUCUACGGCAACAAGUUCGCCGACGAGAACUUCAGCCUGACGCACACCGGGCCGGGCAUCCUGUCCAUGGCCAACGCCGGGCCCAACACCAACGGCUCGCAGUUCUUCAUCUGCACCGCCAAGACCACAUGGCUGGACGGGAAGCACGUGGUGUUCGGCAGCGUGGUGGAGGGAAUGGACGUCGUCAAGAAGAUGGAGUCCUACGGAAGCUCUUCAGGGAAACCCCAGGCCAAGCUCGUCAUCGCCGACUGCGGCCAGCUCUGAGCGCCAUGGCGACCACCCCACACGCCCCCUGCUGACCCUGUAGUCUGGCCCCGUUAGGCUCCGCCCCUCCAUAAAUCAACAUUCCUAUCGAUGGAGAUUCAGCAGAUUUCGUCCUGUUUGUGUUCAGUCGACUGAUGAUGUUGCUGCAUCUGUGACUUUGCCUUCCUGAAGUUUCUUUUGCAUUAACGUUUUUCCACAAAGUCCUGACGGUUUUUUUGUUAAAUCAAAUGAGAUGAAUAAAUAAAAGAUGCCUUGAUAAUUACA